AUGAAAAAGAGAGAGAUAGUUGAGGAUGAGAAGGUUAAAAAGCUUAUCUCGAAGAAACAAUCUUCAAGCUCAAUCAUUAUUCCUUUGAAGUUGAUAAAGGAGAUGAGCACUUGUGGGUCGCUUAACACAUUCGGCGUUACUGGACCUGAACAUACAGCAGCUAAAGGAGCCUUCUUGAUCACCAAUGUCUCGGCAACAAAAACCGAGAAAACAUAG